UGUUGUGUAAAGGGGAAACUUUUCUUUAAAGUUCUGAUGUCAUUUCUACAUCGUGUCAAAAUUCUUUCAACACUUUAUGACACAUAUCAUAGAAGAUUGAAUGUAAUAAACACACGAAACCUUCCCCUUUAUGACACGUUUUUUUUCGGGGUGGGUACUUAGCUGUUCCUACUGGACAGACAACAUUCAGAAGAAACGGUAGAUCGGUUCACAAUCCAUCAUUGAAGUGCAGCAGCAGUACCAGCGACGAGAGACAAAGAAUACAACUUGGAAUGCUAACAAUUGAACAACUGCAUCUAGAUUGGCAGGAUGAGGCUGUGGCAAUUUUUCAUUUUCCCUCUCCUCUGUGUGGCGGAUGCCAACGGCGAGAUCACGGUGAAGGACUUCAGCAACCAGGAGAAAACCAAAAUCUUAGACGAGCUCACAGUUGAGGAGCGCCAAUUACACCUCAGCAUCGUGGCGGCGCUUAUGGAUACCAACCAGGAUAGUUAUGUGACCACGGAGGAACUUAGUAAUUGGAUCAAACGCAUGUACAAGGCGUGGGUCUUCCAGAGAAUUGACAACCAGUGGCCACAGUUCGAUGUCAACGGCGAUGGUCUGGUGUCAUGGGAAGAGUACACCAACGUCACCUACGGAGAACGUAUCAAUCGCCCUGAACCCGAGGGUAGCCAAGGGCUCAAAUGGAUGCUGGCGCGCGACGCAAAGAGGUUCAAGGUUGUCGACCGGGACGAGGACCAGAAGGUGAACAGAGCGGAGUACGCCGCUUUCAUUUACCCCGAGCGUUUCGAUCAGAUGGAAGAGACUGCCAUACUUCAAACACUGGGAGACAUGGACGACAAUGGGAAUGGCGUGAUUGAAUUGGGAGAGUAUAUUGGCGAAAUGCACCUGGAGGAAGGUGAGCCGGAACCAGAGUCGGUGUGGCUCAGCAAGCGCAAUUUCAAGGCCCUGGACAAGGACGGGAAUGGCAUUUUGGACACGGAUGAGAUCCGCGAAUGGAUCAAGCCCAUCGAUCACAUCCACGCUGAAGAGGAGGCCAAGCGCUUGGUCUCUGAGUGCGAUGCGAACAAAGAUGGCAAGUUGUCCAAGACUGAAAUCCUGGACAACUAUGACCUGUUUGUGAGCAGCAAGGCCACCAAUUUCGGAAGAGCCCUCGUUCAACACGAUGAGUUCUAAGUUUUCAUGAUUUUCUCUUUACAGUUGACUUCAUUUGGUAGAGUGACAAGUGACCGCUAAUAUUUGGUAGCGUGACAAGUGACCGCUAAUUACGGUUCUCUAAUUUGAAGCCAGGUUUUUCUGCAGGCAUGAGCAAUUAUUUAAAAUUUAUUUAAGGUUAACUUAAGCAUGUAGAGUGCAGGAAGAAUAUCAACUAGUGAUUGUUCUUCAUUUAGAAAAUUCUCUUUAAUAAUGAAUGAUAAAAUGUUUAGCAUGAAGCAUUAUUUGUGUCAGUUAAAAAUAAAGACUUGAGCAUGAGGUUCUUA